UACAUUCUCGGCCUGACAGAUGUCAAUUAUUGUAACCUUUUCCCAUCCUUUUCCGGUUAUUUUAUUAUUCGUAUUCGUAUCUUUUAGCCAGUGUAUUUGACUAGGCUUAGAUUAUUCGUUUGGAAUUUGGUGUUAGUGUUUAAACAAUGGGCAUUAAAGAAGCAGUUAUUUAUCUAGACAAUCAAUUCAACACAUAUUAUGCCGGCCAAACAAUUAACGGAAGGAUAGAAUAUGUUUUCGAUAGUCCUAAGAAAGUUCGUGGUAUCCAUGUCAAGUUCAAAGGCGAGGCCCACACAGAGUGGCGUGAGAGUAAAGAACAGCAAUCAUCCGAUGGCAAAACAGAGAACACUGAUGAAGUACAUACGGGAAAUGAAGAAUACUUCCAAAUAUCUUACUAUUUACUUGGAAGCAAUACUGGCAAUGAGAUAGAAGUGCCAGCAGGCAAGCAAGUGUACAGUUUCACCUGCGCCCUGCCCCCCGUGCUACCAUCCUCUUUCGAAGGAGAGUUUGGAUAUGUCCGAUACACGGUCAAGGUGACCCUCGACCGUCCGUGGAAAUUUGACCAGGAGACCAAGAUGGCUUUCACCGUUAUCAACGCUUUGGACCUUAAUCUCAAUCCAUCUUACCGGGAGCCAAUCCGCAUGCAGUUGGAGAAGACAUUCUGCUGUUUCUGCUGCGCGUCACCACCAAUGUCUGUGGACAUCCAAGCCCCGGUGUCCGGUUACUGUCCGGGACAAGUGAUCCCCUUGUCCGUGGACAUCGAAAAUAAGAGCAAUGUGCAAUUGCAUUUGGUGAAACUGUUUUUAAGAAAGGUUGUGACAUACAGGGCGACCUCGCCAAGCACAGCCACAAAGAAAUGCAAAGAAGUGGUACUGACGGUCCAAGAGGGUCCCGCGCCGGCCGGCUCCACCAAACACUGGGACAUGCGGCUGGAGAUACCCCCCAUACCGCCCUCUAACCUGGUUAAUUGUAGCAUUAUCGACUUGGACUACGAUUUGAAGGUGGAGUGCGUGGUGUCGGGCAUGCACAUGAACCUGAAGGAGCGCAAGUACGUGACGAUCGGCACCGUGCCGCUCGCGGGCGCGCCGCCCUCCGCGCCGCCCGCCCCCGCGCCCGCCCCCGCCCCCGCGCCCGCCUCGCCCGGGCAACCUGCGGUGCUACCCCUGGGACCUGGAGAAAUUGCACAGCCUAAUGGCCCCCCCGCAGGGGACGCGGCGGGCGGCUGGCUGCUGCCGGGCGCCGGGCCGGCCGCGCCGCACCAGGCGCUGUACCCGACGCUCUCCAUGCCAGUGUACAAAGAGUCCACGUACACAGCCCGCACCAUCCAGGACCGCGGCGACGGCCCGCACACGCGCGUGGCGGGCGCGGCCGGCUUCGCGCCGUUCUAUCCGACGUACGCGGCCGUGCAGCCGCCCCCGCUACCUCAAUAGUUUUGCAGGAAACCUGAGGGCUUCCCGCGAACGUUCGACGGGCCUCUCUGUCGCACUUGCACAUUCGUGCGUAAGUGUGACCGGGAGACGCCGAACGUGAUUCUGAUAAUCAUUUUCCGAUUGGUUGGGAACACGGUAGCUAUCAGAUAUAUUGAAGCCGUGGUGCUUAAAAAUAUCUGAACUCGCACUUUCAGAAAGUGAAAGACCGUAGUGGAACGUAGUCUUCAUUUUCCUCUCUGGAUAUUUUUAUUAUAAUUAUUAUAUAAACUUUAUUGCACAAGUACAAGUAUAACGUACAAUAGGCGGACUUAAUGCUUCGAGGCAUUCUCUACCAGUUAACCACUGGGCCAAACAGAAAUUUGCUAAGGUGGGUGCAGUGUGAAAAAAAAUUUAUUCCAAAAUUAAAUACUAAGUCUAAUACUACUAAGCCAGUAUACAAACUAAUAGGUAAUAUAUAUAAUACUUUUAUAAACUACACAAAUUAUCAUUAUAAAUACAUAUAUAAAUUAAUUACAUAAUGUUUUUUAUUUAUAUUUAAUUACAUGAUAUUAAGGUUAUUGAAAAUGUUUUGACAUAAUUUGUUGAGUAUCGACCACAGCCAUGCUUCUAAGUUUGAUUUUUUUCAAAUUUUUAAUUAUUACAAGGGUUAGGAGCAUUGAAAAAUUUGUAUGUAAACUGUUUCACUCCUCAUUUUCACAAUAAUAAAAAAACAUUUUACAAAAAUAAUAUCCAGAGAGGAAAAUGAGGACUACGUUUGUAUGGAGAAGCGGCCGUCCCCUUUCCUCUUAACGCCUUGAUAAUAGAGGCUUUGUUCAGAACUUUGUGAAUACCUUUGCCGCUCCGAUCUGAAGGCGACUGUACAAUGCGAACGUGAGCAAUGGCAUUUCACAUUUCGUUUUGCGGUCACUGAAUUGUCAAACGUCAACUUUUGACAGAGUUACCGCAAAAUGCAUGAAGCUGUACAGCGCCAUCUCGCUUACCUGUCAAAUUCGAACCACGAAAUUAUCUUAGAUUUUACAUUUCUCGAUCAAUGUAACUUUAGUAGUAAGCACUAUUUUGUGGCGUGAGUCAGGGCUAUAGCUUGCUUCGAAACCGCGAAAACUGCAGAUAUAUCUACACGAACCAUGUAAGUAUAUCGUCAGGUGACAAGCAAAACUCACUAAUUACUAAAAAAAUAAUUAAACAAAAAUCAACUUUAUUUUAUUAGCAAUAUGGUUCAUUAUGGCUAUGAACUUCUAAUGGUAAUUAGUGAGUUUUACUUGUCAUCUGACGAUAUGCAAAAUCUAUGAUAAGUAGCCGCACUCUUUUAGCGUGUCAAAAAACUGUCAAAAAUCGGGCAACAAAAUUCGAAAAACGUCAGGAUCCCAAAGCUCGUCCAGAAGAAAUAUUAGAAAGGAUCGACAUGAUCUAUUUGAUGGGUUGUUAUGCUGAAUAAAUCGGAAAAUGAUUGUAAGAAUCUAAUUUCGGAAAUAUUAGUAGAUUAGAAUUGUAUUAAUUAUAUAAAAAAGCUUUUCGAUAUAUUUACAAACUUAAUUUAGCGUUAUAUUUAAGCGAAUCGUGGUUUACUAACAAAGUUAUAUUUUGCAAUUAUUGUAGUGCCAACGCAAAAAUAAUGUUGCCAAGAGAAUAUCUUUUGCUGUAUUCGGCUGUUGAACAAAAAAUAUCUCUAUAGAAUCUCGGUGCAGCUGAUGUUAUAGAAUAUUACAAUUUCUAAGUGCUUUUUGGUAUAUAUUUAGGCACUUAACUUAUUGAGAACUGACGCUUCCGUCCUAACGCACAUUUAUUAUAAAUUAAAUAACCUUUUGAAGUCAGACUAAGAUAAGUUAGCAGCGAUUUUGACAGCCCAGAUAGCGCAAGUGUUAUUUUAAACGUCAAACUUCAUUGGAAUUAUGACGUUUACUUAACACUUGCACCGUCUGGUCUAUCAAAAUCUUUGCCAACUUAGCUUGCUCUGACUCUAGUAUUAUUUUGAAUUUGUAUUUUCUAAUAUAAUAAGGACAUUAUUUUCCCUCGUUUACUAAUAUUAUUUCAAAAGACAAAUAUACAGUGUUUCUUAA